GGAGACAUCUGUGCAGCCCUGACCUGCUAUCUCUCUCCUCUCAGUGACCAUGCAGCAGGUGGCCAGGACGGUGGCGAAGGUGGAACUCUCAGACCACGUGUGUGACGUGGUGUUUGCACUCUUUGACUGCGACGGCAAUGGGGAGCUGAGCAAUAAGGAGUUUGUUUCCAUCAUGAAGCAGCGGCUGAUGAGAGGUCUGGAGAAGCCCAAGGACAUGGGCUUCACCCGUCUCAUGCAGGCUAUGUGGAAAUGUGCACAAGAAACCGCAUGGGACUUUGCUCUGCCCAAAUAGCAUCCCACUUCCUACACCCUAGCACCCUGGACCCCCUGGAGUGGCCCUUCAUGCUGCUGCUGCUGUUGCUUCUGGGAGUAGUGCCCCCUCCCAUCUUUCUGGGAGUAGUGCCCCCUCCCAUCUUUCUGGGAGUAGUGCUCCCUCCCAUCUUUCUGGGAGUAGUGCCCCCUCCCAUCUUUCUGGGAGUAGUGCCCCCUCCCAUCUUCCUGGGAGUAGUGCCCCCUCCCAUCUUUCUGGGAGUGACCUCUGGGCUCCACGGGCUUUCCUCUCCGCCCUUCCCGGGACCAGUCCGUGUUCUGCUAGGCUCCAAGUCUGCAGUCAGAUCAAAGGUUCUAAAAAAAAAACAUGGCCAAGUCUUAAAAGUGGAGACCUUUGCUCCUUUAACAAGUGCCCUGUGGAUAAGGAAUGCAGGGAGCCCUCCCAACACCUGGCAGCCUGAGAAGCAUCCCUGGGCCCCCCCUCCAGGCUCCAUUGCUGUGGAUUUAUAUUAAGAACAUCCCCUGCUCUCCCUCCUCCUCCUGCAGUUUUUCUAAGCUGCAAGUUUGGAAAUACUCUGGCAGGCAAGAGGAAGUCUGUGAUGAAUGAUAAUGAAGGCGACCCGGGCACCCUGAGCUGGCAGGAGGCCUGGUCAGAGGAUCCGUGGCAGACACAGGCAGCUCCGGGAAGCCUCAUGCUCCCAGCAGAAUUCCAGAUUCAAAGGGGCUGCCUCAUGGUCCUCUCCGCUCCCUCGUGUUCCUCCCAGGCUCCCCGUGACGCCUCCUCUGGGACUCUGCUUCCCCAGCAGCAAUGGCCGAGUACCUGUUAGUGUCUCCUCCCCUCUCUGUGGGCCUGCGGAGCCCAGACCCCGCUCAGAGCUCAUCUGCCCCCUGUCCAAAACACUCGUAAAAUAUCACUUUAAUUAUAACAGUUUGCAGUAAAUAUCCCGAAAGCAC